AGUUGUUGCGAAGCUCUUUGGUCAACAACAGGACACAAGCCAAAGUGGCAGAAGAACUGGGCAUGCAGGAGUUUGCCAUUACUAAUGAUAAGACCAAGCGGCCUGUUGCAUUGCGAACAAAAACAUUAGCAGAUCUUUUGGAAUCCUUUAUUGCUGCUCUGUACAUAGAUAAGGAUCUUGAAUACGUCCACACCUUCAUGAAUGUCUGCUUUUUCCCACGACUGAAAGAAUUCAUCUUAAAUCAGGAUUGGAAUGAUCCAAAGUCUCAGCUCCAGCAAUGCUGUCUAACUCUCAGAACAGAAGGGAAGGAGCCAGACAUUCCUCUGUAUAAAACUCUGCAAACAGUUGGACCUUCUCACGCUAGGACAUACACUGUAGCUGUUUAUUUCAAAGGCGAGAGAAUAGGAUGUGGGAAAGGACCAAGCAUUCAACAAGCAGAGAUGUGUGCUGCAAUGGAUGCACUGGAAAAAUAUAAUUUUCCUCAGAUGGCCCAUCAAAAACGGUUCAUUGAACGGAAGUACCGGCAAGAGCUUAAAGAAAUGAGGUGGGAAAGAGAACAUCAAGAAAGAGAUCUGGAUGAGUCAGAAGACAUGAGAAAAUAAGGGGGAUGGAAACAGUAGUAUGUUUGCUUGACUUUGACCGUGGCCUAUAAAAAUCUAUCCCAGUUUCAUGGAAAUAAAUGAAAUCAUGUUU